CGACAGCCAUGGGUGGAUAUGAGUGGACACUCUCUGUGUCUGAGAAGGAGAGCUCGGGACUUGGAACUGUCUUGUAUCCAUGGCAACCAAUUGUGGACUUGGAAAGAUCAGGACAAAAUAUCACCACCCGCUACAUGUGGGUAUUAUAGAUACUAAAGCAUGGAUCGUGAAAAAAGGUUCAUGAUAGAUAUGGAUGUAAAGGAAUCCUUUGGUCCUUUGAAGGAUUCCUCUGACAGGAUUGCAUCGUGGAUCCGGGAAUCCUAAACGCACGGGCUGCUGGGAAUCCUGAACGCAGGGGCUGUCGGGAAGGUCAUAUUCAUUCACAAAAUGGCGGCCCCCAUGAUACGUCUAUAAUUUGCAGACAUGUCAAAGUAUCCAGGCAUCAAAAAGAGGCUGGUUGGUCGGAGACCCAAAGUGAAAAUGCGUUUUACUAACGUAUCAACUGGCAAAAAGUCUGUAAGCUUUCUAACCACGACAAUGCAAGAAGAGCCUAUGGAUGAGUCAACUGAUGACAACCCUCUCACUCCCCAACCUCCUCCAUCACCCCCACCACCACCUGAUGACAACAUAGACCAAACAGAGGCCCAGCGAAGCACCAGCUAUGCCUCCUACAAACAACGUGAAGUGACUGGCUGGAGGGACAUCCAUGAGAAACUUCUCUCAACGGGUACAGAGUUGUCUGCCCCAAUGUCCUUGUUCUGCAUAAUUUGCAAUCAGCAACAGUCAACAAGCAUAUACAGGUGCCAGGAUUGUGGCCCAACAGCAACCUUCUGUUUGGAAUGCCUGGAGAAGAACCACAAGAAUUCUCUUCACCAACCCGAAGUAUGGAUGAACACCAGUACAUGCUUCCAACCAUUCAUGGAUGCUACAGCCUGUCUGCGGCGCCGUGAUGGCCAUUAUUGUAUAACUGGAUCAUCACCCAGACGUGUGAAAGUAUACAAUGACUCAGGACGACCACGUGAACUCGAUGUGUACUUCUGUCGAUGUGAACCCGAACCAUGCCAACUUCUCCGCUUUGGUCUGUGGGCAGCAACCACAGAAAGCCCUGAAACAGCUUUUUCAGUAUCUCUACUGGAAAGUUUGGUUUCCUUCAGCCUAGCAUGUCAUGUUUCUGUAGAAGGGUUCUGCACUGCACUUCGCUGGAAGAAUAAUCUUGCUAGUUAUGAGUCUGACAGUCUAUACAGAGCACUGGUGUGUGCACCAAUUGCAGAGUUCCGCCACUACCUUUAUAAGAAGUCAACACUGCAGCAUAUUUGUGCAGACCUAGAUGAUGGAACACAUUGCCCAGCAUGCCCCAAGAGGGAUGGGGAGCAAAUUGUCUUACUGGAUGCAAACUUUGGCCUGGUACGCAAGGCGAGCUCUGGUACAAGUCAUGCAGCACCACAUCACGGCAACAGGAUGUUUGCUGAAGAUGCAAAAGUAGAAAGUUUCUUGGAUACUUAUUCUGAUGCAAGUAAACCCGAUGAGGACUGUAGCGACUUUCAGGCUGGGUCCAAGAUAAGAUCCAAAAACAAACAGACAAAACUGGAUGUAACAGGAGUGUUCGGGGCCACCUGUAGACAUGAGAUGCCACUGCAAUUCAUCAAUAUGACCCAGGGAGAAAGAUUGGGGUACCCAGUUUUCCUCAUAAAGGAACUCCUGAAGCAGGCACAGGACAACAACCUACAACUUCGUGUCAUUUAUGACAUUGCCUGUGUCCUGAAGUCACAUCUACAAGUACCUCGUUCGGGAAAUGCACAAGAGAACCUUUCACAGCACCUGCAGUUUGCAAUACCAUCAUUUCAUAUAUAUGGCCACAAGACACACUGUCAGAUAUUGUACAGCACACGGCGGCAGGAGGGGUACGUUCUAACUGACGGGGAAGGGAUGGAGAGGUUAUGGUCAUACCUCAGGCCAUUCUUCAGGUCAACAAAGGAAAUGACACGAUCUCAUCGUCUGGAUAUGUUGACUGAUGGCAUACUGCACUAUGCCAGACGCAAGUCAACUGACAUAGAAUUGAGCAUAUGCCACAGAAUGGAAAAAGCUGAGAAAAUGUAUGCUGAAGCAGAUAAAGAGUUGGAAGAGAUCAUUGCCCAGGCACCUGUUCCAGUCUCAGAAGAGGACAUCCUCAGGUGGGACAAAGAGGAGAAGGAGACUAUACUCCAACACAAGCGUAGACCAACGUCUACAGCUGGUCCUCGCAAGUGUGAAAAGGAGUAUGUCAUGAAGCUCACAGAAUUCCAUGCAUUACGGGAAGAAAUUGAAAAUGCAGAGGAUGGAAGCUUAAGUGACCUGGCUGCUUCCUAUUCAGUACUCAAGGGGAUGAAAGAAAAACUGAAAACGAUGGAAGCAAAGCACAAACUUGGGCGGCGAUGGAAACCCUCAGAUCCUAAGUAUCAGCGAAUACUAAAGUUAGUGGAUGAGGAGGCAAGAACCCAACUCCUUGACAAGGCCAGAACCCAGGCAUGGGAACUGGCCUAUUUGCUUGGGUUAAAAGUAAAAUACCCAGAUGGACAAGCGAUAGCAGUUAAGCUGUCGAGACAGCUGAAAACAAGUUGGAAAAAACUUGUACUGAAUACAACAACAUCCAAUGGGCCCCACAACAGACCAAGUUUCCCAGUACCAUCACCAGUGCAGAGGCAAGACAACCUCAAUGGGAUGUAUACACCAAUCUUGAUCUAACAUUUACGGUACAAGAAGGGAUACCUCAUAGUGUUCAGCGGAACGCUAUCGACACACUGAACAAGAAACUGCGGGCAAAGGAAGAGCAGCAAAUGUUGAGGGAGGAGAUGGUGGAGGUAAUGAAGCAUCUGCUCCAGGAGUACACCAUAGCAGAACAGGCUCUUCAUGAAAGAAGCAAGUUGGGUGAACAGGCAUCUCUUAUCAGUCACCUCAUAAACCUGGAGAAAAGGCUGAUGUGUGCCGUUGGUGUAAGGCGUCCCACGGUUGACCACAGCAAAGAUCUCAUUUAAUAUUAUAAUGACCUACUUGAAUAUUAUAAUGAGCCAAAUGCAGUCUUGAAACUUGUAAAUAUGCAACAGUUUGAGUGAUAACCCAGUGCCUCUGCCCCGCCUGCCGUUUUGCAUUUGAUUUGUGCGCUAAUUCCAUCCUGUGGAGUUAAUUGGUACCCCUCUCUUUUGUUCUCAAUUGGCUGAUCAAGAGCAGAACGGAUGUCAGGCUUGCAUAAAUACUAGUAACACAGACAAAACAACUGUAAGCAAUGAUCAACAAGUUCUAUUUGAAGCUCUUGCUGUAAGUUACAACACAUUUAUUCUGAUUUGAAUCUGGCCCCCAAACAACCUGAAGAUAUAUGUAAGUUACCUCCAGCAUGACCUACAAAGGGCCCCUUUAGGAAGGGCCACAAAUAUUAGAACCCAUAAAAAAAUGGGGAUAACUGACAUGGAGAGUGGGCCACAGUGAUUCCCUGUAACACUAACAGAUAAACAUGGCCUCCCGAGCUCACCCAACCAUCAUGAUGGUGAUAUAACCUCCUUGGUUAAGAGUCGGGAGCAAGGUCGGCUAUAGUGUUCGGCUGUGCCAGUUUAGUAUCUAAAACAUUAGGGUGUGGACAGUACGUUAUUAGAAAUUGUUUGGAACAUCUUGGAAAAGGUUUAAUAGCCCCAACUAUUUCCGAUAAAGCUAAUCUCUGCAAAUUCACCCAGUAUUGACCCGUUCAGACUAUAUGCCAGACAGUUCCCAGCCUCAAUACACAUGCCCUGUUAUUAGACUCGGUUAGACAAAGGAGAUAUGAUAUGCCAAGAGACCAUUGAGUUUGGUUAGACUAAGGAGGUUAUAUUUAACCUCCUUGGAUAGACCCUGUGAAAAAACUUUCGGAAGGGAAAUGCUGCCCCCUGGAUUGAGAAGGUAGCCUACAUAGCAGCCCUGGUAACAGUCUGGCACCCAGGCUAUGAGCCGUAUAAACCUUUCAUUCAAUUGUUGUCAAUUUGUUAUUGUCUGUAAAACAUUUUCUUUCAAGACCUAUAUUGAAAAAAAGGAAAGCUGGGCCGAGCUGUAGUGAACAAUUACUGCGCAUAACAAAAGACUGCCAACCUUUUGUCUUGUGGCAAGGGUAAAUUACAGAUAAUUACGUCUCAUAGAGGUGCUAAAUACACGACUAAUUGGCCUACCGACGUGAUUGACAGCUAGAAUUUGCUAAGAAGGUAAAGAUUCAUAAUCUUAACUUUGAAGCAUUUUGAGGAACUAUAGCCAUGCCCAGGGAAUGUCAGAUUCAAAGUAGAAUGAUUGGUAAUGUCCUGAACUACCCAAACCGGUUUAGAUCCGUUUGCUUAUCAUGAACUGUCUUUUGAUAUAGGGCAAGGAAGUUAGGGUUACCCUAAAAUUAUGGCAUUGAAAUGGACAAAAACAUAUUUCAUAAAAAGCAGGAAUAAUAUUUCAAAUAUAUCAAAACAGUUUCUAAAUGGUGACAGAUGUAAGAAUGUACUCUCCAAAAAGCAUCUGUCUAUGAUGUUGGCUAUAGUUCCUCGAUUUACGUUUUCUGUUUAAGAAUUAUGCAUCAUAUCAGACAUAGAAAUAUGCAAAUAUAAGAAAUAUAUCAACAUGAAAGUAAUAUUUCAACACUCAACAAGUUGUAUUUUGCCUUUCCCCCAAGUUUGAACCAUUUCUGACCAGCUACGGCUGAGUUAUGGCAUUUUUCCGAAAGGACCUGAAAAAUCAGUAAAUUGGCACCGUGGGACGCCUUACACCAACUGAGUUGAAGUGGCACAUUUUAGUGGUAUGGGGAUUCGUUAAUCACAAUACGAGACUAUACACGAGUAACUGUAAGUCUAUCCUGGUCCACUACCAGUACACUGGCGCUCCUUUUCUUACCUGUGCAUAAUCCAUUGUACAAAUACAGUUUAUCAAUAAUGUACAGAACAAGUCCACUAUAAAUAGCAUUAACACUCUCUAAUAUUCUAUAUUCUGUUGAUUAUUCUGCUUAAUCACUUAGCAUGUAGUGGGUAGAGCUCAAAUUUUGCAUUGAUUAAAAUGUUUCCUUAGGCCACACCAAUUUAUUUUCUUGGUUAACGGAUUUUUGUAGAAAAAAAAUGGAGCGGGCGGGCGAAAAAAAAUAAAUAAAUAAAAAUUUGAUACUACCUGCCAUACAGCCAUGUAGUGUGAAAUCCAGACUGCUUAUUAAGUUUCGAAAAUACUGGGAAAGAAACAAAAGACAAGAGAGGAUGUACUGUAUUGUGUUUUAUUUGCUAUCCACACCAUUGGGUUGAUAAUCUUUUUCGUACACGAGCAAAAUGCAGAAAACAAGUUUUAGCAUGUUACUUCCAAGUUCCACUAUCAUCAUAUGUACUCUAAAACAUGCAGCUGAUUUAUAGAAUUUCCCCAUAAAUUAUGCAAAUUAUAUCCAUAUUUGCAUAAUUGUCACAUAAUUAUAUGAAGGAUCAC